CACAAUCAGCGAAAAUCAACAAUAAAAAAAAAAAGGCUCCACUACUUCCUCCUCGCGGUAGUACGCCUGCGUCACCGGAACAAACUUACAAAUCACAUGGAUAGACUGCAGCUGCCUGGCUUUACAAGGCUCGUGGGCUACAUUUCACUUUUAGAUCGUUUAAGUCAACGCAAGUGUGACAGUUUGUUGACUGAGCUGUGUGUCACGCGGUAGUACUGUGACACUGUUUUUUGUUGACUUCCAGUUCUCCUUUGAGAAAGUACUGAUUUAAGACGACCCGAAGUAAAUAUCAUCUGCGUUAAUGGAGAUAUUUGAAGACCACUAGGACGCGUUUGGAAAGGUGUUUUUUGUCCCGAAUCAAGAAGAACCCCAAAACCGUUUAAGUUGUGUGAGAAUGGCUAACAACAGGAAUGGCGAUGAGAGCACCCCUCUGCUGGACUCUGGGAACACCAGACCUUCACCACCACCAUCAAUUUUCCAGGGAAGAAGACUGGCAUGUGCUGCCAUCCUGCUGGCUGAAUCAUUAGAGAGGAUUGCUUUCUACGGCAUCACAUCCAACCUGGUCCUCUUUCUCAACAGCAAACCCUUUUAUUGGGAGGGCACUCAGGCGAGCCAGACACCCCUGAUGUUCAUGGGAGUUACUUACCUGAUCUCCCCGUUUGGAGGCUGGUUGGCGGAUGCAUACUUGGGGAAAUUCUGGACAAUCGCUUCAAGUUUGAUCCUAUAUUUUCUUGGCAUGCUGUUCUUCCCUUUUAUUUCCAAUGACGACACCAGGAUACAGCUAUGUGGAGAGGAGUUGGCGUUUCCUGUGCAACCUGCCGUGUGUCUGAACACAAACACGACCGUUCCAAGAAAUGUGACCUGCCCUAUCCGCGACCCAUACUGUGGCCCAGCAAUCUACGGGGGGCUGUUUUUAAUCGCAUUAGGCGUGGGUACUGUGAAGUCCAACAUCACUCCCUUUGGGGCAGAUCAGGUCAAAGACAGAGGACCAGAGGCCACGCGCAGGUUCUUCAACUGGUUCUACUGGUGCAUCAACUUGGGAGCCAUCCUGUCUCUGGGAGGUGUGGCCUACAUACAGCAGAACAUCAGCUUCGAGAUCGGCUAUGUCAUUCCCACCGUGUGCCUCGGGAUCUCCUUCCUGGUCUUUCUGCUCGGCCGUACCGUUUUCAUCACCAAGCCGGCCGACGGCAGCGCCUUCACCGACAUGUUCAAGAUCCUGGCCUUCGCCUGCUGUUCUAAGAAACCGAAGGAGCCUAACCUCCUCCGCAACAAACCAACCCUGCUGGACAGUGCCAAAGUGACCUACGGAGGGAAAUAUCCGGAAGAGAAAGUAGAGGAAGUGAAAUCCCUGCUGAAAAUCCUCCCAGUUUUCUUUGCCCUCAUCCCGUACUGGACUGUGUACUUCCAGAUGCAGACGACAUACGUCCUGCAGAGCCUCCAUUUGAGGAUUCCUGGUAAUUCCUCAAACAAUCCUGACCAGAUGACGUUCCGCUUCCCCGCUGCCUGGCUCACCAUGUUUGACGCAGUGCUCAUCCUUAUGCUGAUUCCCCUUAAGGACAAAGUGGUGGACCCCAUCCUGAAGCGCCGCGGCCUGGUGCCCUCCCCUCUGAAAAGGAUUGCGGUGGGGAUGUCCUUUGUUAUGUGUUCGGCCGUGGCAGCGGGUAUUUUGGAGACCAAACGCCUGGACAUCGUCAAAUCAAAGGGUACCAUUGACCAGAUGAUUGGCAACGUUUUCUACCACGCGGCAGAUUUACCCAUAUGGUGGCAAGUGCCUCAAUAUGUGCUGAUAGGAAUCAGUGAAGUCUUUGCCAGCAUUGCAGGUCUGGAGUUUGCAUACUCUGCAGCCCCCAAGUCCAUGCAGAGUGCCAUCAUGGGGCUCUUCUUUUUCUUCUCUGGGGUUGGCUCCUUCGUGGGCUCUGGUUUGUUGGCUAUUGUCUCCAUCAAGGCGAUUGGCUGGAUGUCAUCCCACAAAGACUUCGGUAAUAUCAAUGACUGCUCUCUGCACUACUACUUCUUCCUCCUGGCAGGGAUCCAGGGCGUCACCUUGCUCGUCUUUCUUAUUAUCUCUUUCAAGUAUGACAAGCAGAAGGGAAAAGCGGGAAGCCAAAGGCAGCGACUCCUCUCCUCUUGACCUACUCUCAUGUCUCCAUAUCCCCCUCACCAUACCUGCCUUUUUCAGUCGUAUCACUCAGCGCCCAAAGACCCUGUUGAAUAGGUACUUACGAAUCAAAUCCUACAAAAGUUUGGUUUACCGCUUUCAUUUACAAAUUAGCCAGUCAAGACUGUGUAUUUUGUAUUUGUUUAUUUGAGCUUUUAAGUGGUGGGUCUUCAUCCUGUUUUUUUUUUUUUGUUUUUUUUUAAAUAAUAAUAAUGGUUUUACAUCACUGGAUGAAUGCACAGGUACCACUGAAAGUAUAGAGAUGUUUGAAUCGUUUCUACUGUACUCUGUGUGUUUACUCUCGUUGCCGUUCUUUGAUCAUUUGCACUUGACUUGAGGAGUGGUGCCAUUAAAAAUUGGUUGUUUUUAUAGUAGCGUUUUUACUGUUUGCGCUCUGACAGUUUUAUUUUUGGACAAUACUCUUUUGCUGUGAAACAUCAGUAUUCAAAUGAUUUCUGGACUUCCAUCCACUGAUUUGUGCAUUAAAUGUACAUAUUCAGCAAUAUUUAUUGAUUACAAUUACCCUGCUGGGCUUUUAGAGAGCUUGAAAUGCCUAUGCAGUCACAGUGGUGAUUGAAUGGGAAAUGUGUUUUAACUCCGGGGGUAAUUUUAUGUUGUUGCAGAAUCCCAGAAAUCACUGCUUUUAAUGACAAUAGGGCUCUUGUUUGAGGAGAUUCCAAAGAAACUAUUAUUCAAAUCUAAUAUUAAGAGAAAAAAAUCUGCCACAUUUGUUACCACUGCCUGAGAUUACGUCCUAUAAAUCCUCAAACAGACCCAUACAUGAAUACUAAUAACCCCUCGUUACAAAUACUCCAUGACUCGAUGAAGCUUCACGGCAGUUUUUCAUUUCUGGUCAAGCUGCAAAACUGCAUGACAAUUAGAAACUAACCUUAAGCUUAACUGGCAACCUUGAGUGUAGCUCUUAAAAUAUCCCCUGCGUUAAUGCUUCGAUCAUGAUAUAAAAAAAAGUGCAGACUUAAGAUAUAAAAACAUAACCCAUUCACAGUGACAUCUUCUUUAUAGUUAUAAUUCCGUAGAGGAAUAAAGCACAACUUUAACAGUAUUUGUUGUCGGGGACGUUUUACAGUGUUAUCGUGGCUUUGCAGCUUUGCCCGGAAUUCUUGAAAAAGAAGCUUCUUUAUUGUAUUUAUUAGACUGUGAUGCAUUUGUUUUAGCUUUAUACUGUUAAGAGAAAUGGCUGUGUGUCUUACUAUAAUUCUCAGAGCAGGUAUAGCACAAGGUACUGAAUUUUAUUAAAACAAGAAAACUCUCAGGGCUCAAGGAAUAACGGCACAUAAAAAACAAGAAGCUAUUUCUUGUGUUUAAUUGGUCGGAUGAAUUGAUUUUCCUUGUUUUAUUGCAUAUCCCAUACAUGCUUUCUUUAUCAUUGCAGUCCUCUUCAGAAAGAUUUAUUAUGUUUAUUUUGUAAUUAUAUUCUGUUUUCAUGAUGCUACAGAACUGGGAUAUUGUUUUUGUGGUUAUACGUUUGUUGUCAUUAUUAAAGUGAAUUAAAUUGAGUGUUGGGUUUGUCAUUUUCAGCUGUUGUCUAAAUUAAGCACAACUUGCUAAGCUAGUUCAGAUAUCUUGUCACAUCACUUUACCUGCUUUCACUUAUUUUUUCACUGCCUUUAAAGUUGCAGGUUGUGCGUUCAGGAGUUCAUAUAAAAGGGAAAUGUGUAUCUUAAACGUUCUAUUCUAAACGUUUAUACCUAGAACAAAUGUUUUACGCUCCAGAGAACAUUGAUAGCAUAACAUGUUUUAAUUUCAGGCGGCAGAGUGACCCUGUUGUUUCAAUGAGAAUCACGAAUUUUGCCUUUGAAAACCUGCCAGGAUGCUUUCGUGAUUUGCGCUAUGGUUUGUUGCUCCGAAGGGAAACCCAAAGUCGACAGUGAUUUAUAUUUCAAAAAACACACCCUGUGGCCGGCUGUUAGGGAAAAGGUUGCAAACACAGAGGUUGAAAGCCUCAUUUUGCAUUCCCAUUGGGAAAGGCAGUAUAUUUCUUCUCAGUUUCAUCAGACACAGAUUGAAAUCAAGACGACGUCAUAGAUCAUUUUUUUUAAUGCUAAGCCCUCACAGCCACGAGGCUCGGAGAGGGCUAUUUCCUGUUUAAUUUGGUCGGAGAGCCCACAUCGCCAUGACUGAGCAGACAGCUUAAUGUUGGAAACCAACACAAUGCCUCUGGGUCAUAAUUCCAGUGUGGCGGCUUGUUUCUCAUGUUGAGAGGAAUUUCUGACACGUCGAAGUGGUUACGGAGCCAGAAUUGCAAGGCAAUAACAUUGAGAUAUAUAGUUUUGGAGCUGACCUCAAAAUAUUUUAAGUUGAUUUAUUGGCCAGGAUUUAAGCAAACUGUGCCUUGGAGAGAGCACACCAGCAUAUACCAUAAUACCUGCUACUGGUUUGUUUUUUUUCUUUUUAGUGUUCAUGUUUUUGGCAUGUUCCAGGAACCAAGGUAAUGCGUUGCCUCUGGAGUUUAUAGAGUUCUAAAUUUGAUAGUAUAUUUAUUUAACCAUUGUAGUAUCAUGAGUUAGGGUUUGAGUUGGCAAUGUCGGCCUGUCGGCCCACCACAUUGGUUCAGUCUGAAAUAUCUCAACAACUGUAGGAUGGAUUGUUUUGUACAGACAUUCAUGAUCCUCAGAGGUUUAAUUCUAAUGACUUUGACGUUUCCUAUAGCGUCACCAGCAGGUUAAAAUUUUAACUUAACCCGUGAAAUAUCUCUAUAUCUGUUGGAUGGAUUGGGACUUCAGAACAUUUUGGACAGACAUUCAGUCCCCAGAGGAUGCAUCCUGGUGAUUUAGGUGACUCCCUGACUUUUCCUUUAGUGCCACCAAGAGGUCGACAUUUGUGCUUUGAGUGAAAUGUCUCAACAGUUACUGAAUAGAUAAAUAAUGACA